AUGAAUGGUGUGGAGAGUUUAUUACUAGAAGAGAGUGAUGAAGAGGAUCUUGGAGAGCUAGAUCUAUCAGCAAUUACAUUGGAGGAGAUAUUACGCGAAGAGGAACUUGCUGCUAAGGCUACAGAAGGAGAAAAGGUGAGUGAUACUACAAAGCAAGACGAUGAUGAGCUGUUCUUUGCACCUGCUACUUUUACACUUAAUAUUGAGCCAGGACCAGGAAUGGACGUAGUUUCAAUGCCUAAGACAACGGCUGUAGCUACUGCUACUACAAAGACCACGGAGACACACUUUCGUACUCCAUUGGAGAUUGCAGAAGCAAGAGAAAGACAGCUAUUAAGCUGUGUAGGAGUCGAACUGAUCUCUCCUUUGCAAGUAAAAAGACGAUUACGUGCUCAUGCAAGGUCACAAGCUCUUCAAUCGAGACGAGAAGGACUUAUUUUAUUGAAAAAGAAUCAGAAGAAGAAGAAAAAAACAAUGGCAGAAGGAGCAGGAGCUGUUGCUACUGCAGCCGAGAAGAAAUCCAUGGGCGUCGUCAAGGUGGAGCCAAUGGAAGCUAUUAGUCGACAGCUACGAAAAAAUAUUGAGUUUAAAGAGUAUGGCCCCGGUUCACCAACAGUAGUAGCAAUUCACUCGAAAUUUAUUGCAAUUGGCACGUCUAAGGGACUUGUCAUUAUCUUUGAUCAUUUCCAGAAUAUCAGACAAGUGCUUGGAAAUACUAAUGAUGCCGAUGGAGAUGGACCUGUGACAGCUGUGGAUGUGUCUCCUGGUAGCGAUUACUUGGUUUGUGGUUAUCAAAGCGGACGUAUUGUGCUUUGGGACAUGAUUAAGGGCACGUCAUUAAAGGCGGUGUCGGAUGCGCAUGAGAAUCCAGUUGUAAGUCUACGCUUCCUGAAAGACCAGAAACCCGUGCUAGUCUCAGUGGACACCAACGGUUUUGUGAACAAGCUUAAUUUUUCGAAAAUGAUGGGAAUGGUGUACGUUGUGGAUGUGGAUCCACUUUACGACGGUUCGGCAGGCAAGAUCUUGUCGAUUUCUGUGUUGCCACAGUCUGCCGGUAAUGCCAAAAUUUCAUUCCUGACAGACCAGUAUUGCCUUGCUGCACUGAGUACGGAGAAUGUGACGUUUAUUAUCGCUAUUGAACCUGAAGUCCGCGUAAUUUACCGCUGGGCUCGACCUGACGACAUUGCACCCGAUGAUCCGGUGCUGCCGACACUGGCGUUUGCAUGGAUUUCUUUUCCAGGCAGCUCUCGAGCGCUGGCACCUGUGCUUGCGCGUGGGUGGGGAAACCGCGUGCAGUUUUUGGAAGUAGUUUUUCCUGGUGGAAAGAAUCAUUCGCACGCGCGGCAUGGAUUUCCUACCUUUGAUGAGCAUGACCAGAUAGAAUCGUCGAGUGCUGUUAUGGCUGUGCAGUGGCUUGGAGAUCAGGUUGUGGUGUAUUUAAAUUCGCAUGACGAAAUUUGUGUGUAUGAUGUGAUGUCUCGCCAAGAGUUGGAGAUUGUGGAUGUAUCUUCGCUCGAGCUGGUCUUUGCAUCCUAUCGUGGUAAAAACGCUCGUAGUUUUUCAAACAGUUUUCGAGGCUGUUACAAUAUUUUGUAUCUGCUUGGUCUUAAGGAGUUGCAGACAGCGCGUGUACUACCGUGGACACAACGUAUCGAUUUGUUGGUUGAUGAUGGCGAGUGGUUAGAAGCGCUAGCACUUGCUUUAGAUCACUAUGAGGGACUUAAAAUUGCCGCCGCGGACCGUGCAGCGAGGGACCGGUUUCCGCCUGUUUUCUUUCGUGACAAACAGAACGAUCAAUGUCUUGUGGACAUUCUACACAUGUGUCAGACUAACCAGCGUACUGGUGAAAAAGAGGAUGUAUUUCGACAUGAAGAGAGUGCGAACGAAGUACGUUGGGUUUGUGGCGAGGUGCCUUACCCGCCUGACAUAGCUAAGAAGCUUGAAGAAACGCUUCAGAAGGCGCGCAGUGGUGAAGUCACGAAGAAUUUUGUGCCUAUUAGUGUGGCUGAGCGUGUAGCAGACCUGCUCAUGGAGUAUGUACGUCUUGCUAUUGCCAACGCACCAGGCUCUACGGCUGCUGCAGGAGGCGAAUUAAGUCUCAACAAGAUUGGAAUGCAGCUAGAUUUGGCAAAGAGUCAUUACCAGAUGCUAGCGGGUGUAUGCAUCGAGUUUUGCGCUCUAAUUGGCCGUACUGAUCUACUUUUUGGCGAGAUAUACACACGGUUCAAAGAAGCGAACAAGUUGAGUGUGCUGAUUGAAUUGCUGGAGCCGUACAUUCUUUCUGAAAAGCUGCGAAACCUUUCUCCCGUUGCAAUGGAAGAGUUUGUCAGGCACUUCAGUGCCCAGGGUAAGCUUGCUCAAGUGGAACAGUGUCUGCUUCACUUGAAUGUGGCUGAAUUAGAUCUGGAUACGAUUCUGAAACUCUGUCAUGAUCACGAGCUGUAUUCGGCUCUCAUAUACAUUUACAAUGAAGGAAUGGACGACUACACGACUCCUAUUGAUGCUCUGUUGGAGGCGUGUUCCGAUGCAAAGGCAUCUAGAUCAAAGUCUGCAUUAGUGUCAACCUCUGUAGCAAGUCGGGCACCAUCUGGAAGCCGAGUGAGCAGUAUAGCAUCAGCAUUCGGUGGCACAAGCCGAGCAUCCAGCUCUACAACCUCGAUUGCAAAGCCUGCAGCAUUAUCAGCACGUGAGAGAGCUGAAGAGGAGGCGCUCAGUGGUUCGCGGCGCCGGCGGUUGUUUGGAUACAAGUUAUUGUUGUACAUUUCGUACGCGUUAAGUGGUCACACGUUCCCGAAACACGAGCAAAUGUCACCUCUCAAGUUAGGAAAAGUGCGUUCGCAGAUCUGCUACCACUUAUUUGAAAGCGUUGUAGCGGGAUCAUCAAUCCCGCGACCGUACCCACGAAUUGAGGCGCUUAUUGAUCUUGACGCUCGGGAGCUUUUUAACAUUAUGGGACGUACGUUUGACACACCUAGCGUUGAAUUUGAAGGUGAGAAAAACGACGGUUUGAUUCAGCCUAUAAGCCGAUAUGAUUCAGCUCGAAAUGCUGAGAUGACCAAGUGCCCUAGCCGUCUAUCGAUUGUGCUUUCGCUCGCAGAAGUCAUCUUUGGACCGAAGAGCAUAUUCAGUUCGGUAGAACAUGCCCAUUUCUUCAUGUUUGAGGCUCGGCUUCUCAGUGGCGGUUCUAUCGAGCCGCAGGAAUACGCCGAUGCACGUGCUGAAGCCAUUGGUGAUGCUGGUUCUGCUGGUGGCGCAUCAAUGAUGGAUUCACUGAUGAACUUUUUGGCGCUCGGUCCGGCGUCGCUGCUAUCCAAGGGUUCCUCGGCAGUCACGGCUGAAACUUCGCAAGAAGAGGGUUUUGACAAAGGAGGCCGAGAGGCGAUGCUAGUGCGUCUUUUGACAAAGCUGAAUAAGGCAACUUACAACCACGAAGCUUUGCUGGCUAGUGUUAUUCGAGAAAAAAUGAAUCGUGCUGCAGUGUUGCUGUACAAGGACAUGGGCGAUUUCAGCAAUGCAAUUGCAUCCUAUCUGGCUGAUGAAGACUAUGAGUACCAAAUGAAUGCUUUCAGCUACAUCCGUAUGGAGACUGACAAAGCAGUGGAUGGUGAAGAAGUGGAAAUGCGCGACAUGAAUGACGGCGAGCCUACACGGCGUCGCCGGAAGUCUAUUGAAGAAGCUGUGCUUAACCAUGCCCCUACACUUAUGAAGACAGACGGCUACGCGUUUGUAACGCUGAUUCUGGGUCAAUUUCCAAAUUUGAACAACAAGGUUAUCCAGAAAUUUUUGUCAAUGGGUAAGGAGGGCGCAAAACUCGAGUUCCUGUACCUCAAACAGGUGCUCAUGGCUGCACCGACGACAAGCGGCAGCUCUGCAAAUGAUGAAGCUGAUGUUUUGAAAGACCUUUUGGAUCGCUCAAAACUGCGCAUUGCCGACGACCCUGCUGUGCAGGAGCGUUUCGUGCGUCUAUUGUGCGAAUUUGAGCCUGCUGGCGUAUUUCCAUAUCUUGAGUCUCAUGACAGCUACAAGGUCAAUGCGUGCUUGCGCCUCUGCAAAGAGUUCUCCAUCACAGAUGCCGAAGCGUAUUUGCUUGAGCGCACGGGCGACGUAACAGGUGCACUUACGCUAAUCCUGCAAAGCUUGGAGCAAAAGCUGAAGAUUCUGAAGCCCGCUUUGCGCGGCUACAAUGUUGCUGCUGUUUCUUCGUCAUCAACAGGAAAUUCUGACAUGCUAGCAGGUGCUGCAACUAGCGCUAACGUCCCCAGUGGUACUAGGCAUCAAUCGUCAGACCGCAUCAUUGACAGCGUACAGGAAGGCAAGGAUGCCAUGAAGACGUUGGAGGUGGCUUUGACAAUGUGUCAGCGUAACUCGUUGCGCAAUCGUGAUGAGCAGGCCGAAAAGCUUUGGUUCACGCUACUGGACAAGCUGCUACGGAUUCAGAAUUCGGUGAAGCGCAGUCUUAGCUCCAAGAGUUCGUCGCGCAACGUACCUGUCACUCGAACACAUACCAGCGGUGGAAACAGCGGUCAUGGUGCCAUGACUGCGUUCCAAGUGGCAUUGAACGAAAUGAUUCGCUUCAUUCUUGAACGUAUGGCGUCGUCGGUGUCACUCAAAUCGAUUCUGUUCAAGAUCACAAAUGAACAUGGCCGUGGUGCCUUUGGUGAUUUCCGGCCCACAAUCUUCGGUAUGCUGGAUACGUACAACUACGAACAGAACAUCUACCAGACAGCAAACGGGCUUAUCAGUGUGGAUCUGUUUGAUCAGAUCACAACGCUGAAACGAGCUAAGUCCCGCUGUUACGCUGCGCCUUCAAAUGUCUGUGGCUACUGUCACGUCGCGCUGUCCAAGCCGCCCUUUGGAAUGGGUCAGUCCGGAGCCCCCGGCACGGAAAAAUGGCACUUGCAUACAUCUAUGGUACUUGUCAUGUCUGGCCAGACCUUCCACGAGUCCUGUGGUAAGGCUUGGCAACAAGGCGUUGAUAUCAAGACGCCGGCUGCACGUGGAGCUUCUUCAUCUGGAAAAAUGUCGCGACACAAUAGCUCGAUGAGCAGCAUGACUAGCGAUGGAUUGGCAGACGAUGAAGCUGGUAGUCGUCUUCAGCGCAAGCAGCCAAGUACAAGGCGCUAUUUGGCACGGCUGAAGACCCAGCGUCGCGCUUCGCGACGGCAGGUGUCGCCACAUGUCGUCUUAGAGAGUCUUAUCCGUGAAGACAACGGACGCAACAAGUACCUCAAGAGCUCGCGCGCCGUAUUCUCGCUGCGUCCAGACCCAGAGGUGGCUGCUAGCAAGGUCAAGAAGCGCUUAGGAACUCGCAAGCCUGGUUCACUCCCAAUGGCACCUAUUCAGAAAGGCAGCAUUUAA